UCUGAUAUUAAUACUAGUUAUACAUCUCUAACCAGCAGUACAACUUUGUCAACUGAUAUUAAUGAAAAUUCGGAAUUAUAUAAUCUUUUAUUAAAGAAGAGUUAUAACAUAAAAUUGCCAUCUUGUUGGUUAAAUGAUCUUACAACAAAUAAAAAACUUAAAACUAAAUUUAUAUCAUUUUUUAAAAUGGGAUGUUAUGGUAACAGGUGUCAACGAAUUGUUGAAAAGCAACUAGUAGUUACUGAAAAGUCUGAACUUAUUAUAUAUGUACUGGACGUACAGCUCUCUGUUGAAGAAAUAGAAAUGUUUUAUCCUACUUCAUCUGUUACUUUAACAAAGCCCACCAUUUUAGAUAUUGAGAAAAUAAUAAGUACCCUUGAUAAAGCAUAUGUAUGUUAUGGUGCAGCAUUGGUUUCUGACUUUCCAAAUGUAAAACCAUCUUUUGGAUUUCAAUAUACCAUGAGCAAUGGUUAUUGGAAACAUUCAAACUGUAAAAAAAUAUCAAUUGAAAAUAGUGGUAUGUGUUCAUGGUGUCAACGCCUAUGUUUUUCAUUGAAAAGAAAAAACAAGAGGUUAAUGGAUGGAGACAAAAUAAACAUAUUUUUCUCACCAUCUAAGUUAAAACCCCUAAAUAAACUAAGACACACCAAGAGGGUAGUGAGACAAAAGGCUGCAAGAGCCAAUACUAGAAUCAUGAAGCUUCAAAAUAGUUUAAGGGAAGUACAAAACCAAAUGAAAAUGUUUUCUGAAGAAUCAUUAACAGAUAUAGUUGAAAAAUCUGGUAUUUCACAAAUCCAAUUAGAUUUAUUACAUGAAAUAUUUGCAGCUGCAAAACUGAAAAACAAUAAAAGUCGACGUUACUCAGAAAAUUGGAUGCUCUUAUGCUUAUUAUUUCAAAUCCGAUCUCCUUCAGGAUAUAAAUUUUUGAAAGAAUAAGGAGUUUUGCCAUUACCGUGUGUUGAAACAAUUAGAAGACAUUUGCUAGCAGUAAAAAAUGGAUGUGGUUUUGAUCUAUCAUUUUUUAAGCU